CUGUGUUUUCUUGCUGGAAAGUUACCAUACCAUGGAAGUACAUGUGUCAGGAUCCUGUGAUUGGAUGAACACAGAAUGAUGCAUCGAAUAACGGACAUGUAUGUAUGUACAGUGUUUAUAGAUGUCAUGAUGAAGGUUUUAUUGGAAUUUGUGACGCGGCGGUGACGAAUGUGAAAGAGAGAGAAAAGGAAAUAAACUGUGGAAGAAGAAAGUGAGAGAAGAAAAUUCCGAGAGAUCCUACGGCGGUCUCAGAAACAGCUGUACGUGCUUGUACGCUACUAUGGCGAAACGUAACAUACCCCGCCGAUGAACGGAGCGUGCACGAGGUUUACACGCGCGUGCAUACACGCGCUGCUUUACGUUAUCCACAAGAUCCUCGCGCGUUCGCGUUAUUAUAUCGAUCAUAUCCCGUGUGCGUGUUUAUACUUCUCCCUCCUCUCUUAGUUGCCAUGUUUAAUCGCGAACGAGUAGGGUCUGAUAUACCACGUGACCACACAGUUUACAAACGGUCGUUGUGAUAAACUGCUGAGAACUGAGAACGCGAUACUAGUACAAGUGCAUACGUAGCGCGCGCGCGCGUUAUGCGUACGUAGAAUUUACGUGCGGAAGAAAAAAAAAGAGGGAUAGAGUACCGCGCACGACUUCCUCGAGACACUCGUGCUCCAUUGUAUUCCACUAUAUUUAUAUGCACAUCCAUAAGGAACAUGGAUAAUGAUAUGAUGGUUUUGUGGGAUGUUAUCUACAUGGUUCAAGAAUAAAAAUAUGAAGAAUAGUGGCCAGAAAGAAGAGCCUGCAGAUAAAAAAAAAUAUGUCUUCUUCUCGGAUCCAGAUGUUAUUGCUAAACGUGCCGAAACUUCUGCCAUCACAGCACAAAUUACAUUAGAUUUAGAAGGACAACAGCAAACUAUCAAAAAUCAAUUAGCCAAUUUACAAGCUCCCACACUUGACAUAAAGAACUUAGAAAAAUUACUAUCGUAUCAUCCUGUACAGCCAUAUCCUUUUCCAUUUAUUAGCGCAGUGAAACAAAAACUUGCUUUAGGAGAUUGUAUUAAUGCCGGCUCAAAAACAUACAAUCCAAGUUCUCAAGCAAAAAACAGUUUGACUUCUUCAGUGUUAAAAGCAAAUAGUACACAGAAUUUGUGUCAAAUUGUACAGAAAAUGGAUUAUAUUAAACCACUGAAAGUUCCAGAUUUGAAAAUUUCUCCAAAAACAUUGGAUUUCUCCAGUAGAGAUAAUUCUGUCUCAAAGGAACUGUCUUCAACAAAGUCUGAAAUAAUUGCAAAGGAAUUUGCGCACGAUAGAUCUGACAGAACACUAAGAACUGGUGAAAAAGUACAAAGAAAAUUAGACUUUUCCUUUUCAGAUGGAUCAUCAAUUAUUAAUUGUGAAAAUAUAGAGCCAUUGAAAGCGCCAAAUGUGUCCAUAGCAUCUAAUUUAUGUAAGAAGAAGGAACAUGUUAGAGACAGCUCCAGGGAAAAGGAAAAUAAAUCUAAAAGGAUGAAGAAAGACGAUUCUUUGUGUGCAAAGAGAAAUGAAUCUGUGCAAGAACAUACAAAACGCAGUCGAAGCCCAAGACACAUUUCUAGAAAAGAUGCAAGCAAUAUGGGCAACAUAAAAUUACAAAAUGAUAAAUCAUUUCAUGCUACAAAAAAUAAUGAUUUUUUGUUGAUGAAAUUAAAAGACAAAAAUGUUUUAAUUCCCACUGCUAAAAAAGAUAAUGAUAAAAGACAAAAAUUCUUUAAUGCACAAUCUGCGGAAUUGAAAGAUAAUUCUGUAGACUCCAAAGGUCGAAUAUUGAGCAACGAACCGCUGAUCAUCCCGUCGGAUAAAGUUACACUAAGAGACAAUAACAUUAAUGUUUUAUGUAACAUUACUGAAACUAAAUCUAAAGAUAUUUGCCAUUUAAAGCAAAGAUCUGAGAUAGAAAACUCGAAAUUAGAUUCGGAUACAUCUGAUCAUACAUCUGAUUCAGAUGAUAGACAAUUGAAGGAAGAUAAAUCAAAUAGUAUCUAUAAGGAGCAAACAAAGAGAGUGUUUGAUAAAAGUAAAAUUUCGAGUAACAGAGAGAGAGUCGAGGGAAAACAACACAACCCUAAUUCGGAGUUAUCGGAGGAUAUCGGAUCCAUGUCUGAAACAAAUAGUUUCAAGAAUCGUGCUUAUCAAGUAGCUGUAAAUUCUACACAGCCAUCAAAAAGUAAGGAUCUCGAAACGGCUACGGAAAUUAAACAGAACAUUAAUUAUGUCAAAUCGAUUAAAACUUCCGAGGAUUUUAAAUAUGCGGAACAUUCUGAGACACAGCUCACAAGCACAAGUACUAAAAAGAACGAGGAAUCGUAUUCCCAGAGUGUCAUUACAAAUAAAGAAACAACGACUACUAAUGAUGAUUCAAAUAAUGUAGAUGUCAGUACAUUGCCAGAAGUAUUAUUCGAUGCUAGAAGAAUCUCUUUUAGGGAUGGCUAUUCUCAACAAGAAUUUCAUGAUUUAACUACGCCGGAAAAAAUUAAUCUUGUAAGAACAAAACGAAGAAGAAAUUUGAUACCGAGUAGUGAUUCAGAAGUGGAUGCGAGAUGUCCAAAAUAUAAGUUAACAAUAAAAUCUGAGAAAGAGCAGGAGGAAGGACAAUUGAUGCAUCCAAAGGCCUUACAUAAGCAAUUUCGAGCAGAAUUGCAGCUUUACGAUUCUUUCAAUGAGUCUCUUAGGCAAGUCAUAGAUGUCGAAAAGUGUUUAUAUAAUACUAAAUGCGAGCAAGAACAAAAGAAUUCACAAAAAGUAACUGAAAAAGAUGAAAAAUCGGAGAGAAUCGUUGAAGAUGGCUGUUUAAUUGCUACAGUUGACAAUAAUACUGUUGAGAAAGCAAAAAAUUCGAUUGAUUAUGCGAAAAAAAAUGUCGCCGAAGUGUGGAGACCAAGCGACGAAGCACAUUUUAACAGAAAAUAUUACGUUCUGACAAAUCAAACUGACGUCGACGAAUCGACGGGUAUUAAUUAUGGAAAUAAAGCGAUGGUCAAAGUGGCGGAAGUACAAACUCAAACGGUGAAUGAUAUAGCGACUCAAACGAACAUAUCCACAGACAAACAAAAUGCGCAAAAUAAAUUAUCGGAAAUCAUUGAAAAGAUAUACGAACAAUCGUCUUCGGUGGAAAAUGAUAUUCCCCAACAAUCUUUAAAUUCGAUUGAGCAAUUCGAGAAUUUGGACCAAAUAGAAAAUAUAUCUAUACCAAGCAGAAUAAGGACCAUGUCGGAGAUUAGUUUACAUGAAACUACCUCGUCGAUAAAAACGGAAACUGGGACUGAAAUUAGUAUCUCAACUCGAGAUGUAACGUUUUCGAUUAAUCAAUAUUUAGAGAUAGAACAGCUUAUAAGAGAUGAGAACCAACGAUGCAAUAAAAUGGAGGAAAUGUUAAAGUCUCGAGAAAAAACAUUGAACGACAGAACUAAAAAAUUAAUACAGUUAGAAGAACAGAAACGUGUGUUAAGAGACACAGGGCAAGACAGUCGUUCCGUUAAAAAGAAACAAAGAGCUCUGAUUUUAAAACUGCAACAAGAGGCAGAAUAUCUUUACAGGAUAAAAAAGCAUCAACAAGCAAGCCAUGAACGAAUGGAUGUAUUACGAAAGCAAAGAAAUAUGUUUAAUCCGGAAAUGUCGACGAGGAAUAUUCUAACGAAAUUGAAGAGGAGUGCCGAUAGCCAAUCCCCGAGAAGAUUAUCGGGUCCUAUGAAGGGUUACGAUAUACGCAGUAAUAGUUCUAGGAGCUCUGUGAUAGAGUCGGAUAAAUCUCAUGAUUGCUCUAAUAUAGAACCAUGUUUACAAGGAUCUGAAAGCGAUGUACACUCGAUCAAACUUGAUUUGAUCAAAUCCGACGACUUGGCUAAAAGUAAGGAAUUACGAGAAAAGGAUCCGAAAAUGUCACCGAAAAGAAGCGAUAUAUCGAUGCACGAGCUAAGGUCUCGAAAAUAUGAAGAAAAAAUGCCCAAAGCGGAUAUUUUGCAGCAGAAGCAGAAUCAACGCGACCGGAUGGGAUCGAAACGGAUUCAAGAUCAUCAUAUGAACAUAAAACGGCUCUUGGAAAAUCAGAAAUCAUCGAUUGGAAUGUCGCAAUUAUCGAAAUUAGAAUUAAUAAAUACAUCAGUACCUGAUCAUGUAAAAUCCGAAUCCGAUACCUUAGUGGAAGAAUUAUCCAAGAAAUCGAAAACGUCGCAAGCGGUAGAUCUCUCCAUGCAAACUGCGACCGUCGCAAAAGAAAAAGAAUCAAUUUCUAAUAUUAUAACCGCUAACAAUGAAUCUAUAGAGGAAGAGAUAAACACGAUAGCUCAAGAUACUGUCUCCAAAACGACACAGUCGUCACAAAUUUCUGAAGACAUAUUGCAGACAAAUACUAGUAAGAGUUCUAAGAAAAUUGAUAAAUCUGUCAUGAGUGAUAGAGAUAUAUCCAAAAAGUCGCAAUAUAGUGAUGAGUUAAAUUCAAAUUUCAAACACAAAAAUUUUAAGUAUCAAAAAAUGAAAUCAUCUAGUAUAUUAACGGAAAAUAUGUUACAAUCCAAAUCAAGUUCUCAUUUAUCUGAAGAACUUACCAAACAUCAGGAUAAACGAACAAAACUUGAGCACGAAUUGCUUCACUUAGAUAACAAUAAUAAAAGUUCAAUUUUAAGCGAGCUAGAUUUGAAUGAAAGCCAGGAAUUGCUUCAAAUACCUGUUAAGCAUUCGAAACUUAUGAAAAAUAAAAACUUAAAAUUGAGCGAAACGCCUAACGAUUACGAGAGUAAGGAAAGCAUGUUUAGUCAAAUUUUUAACAGAAAACUCGAACGUGAUAAGAGUUCUACUAGAAAUGAACAAAAUAUGUCUACGUCUCAAAUUAGCACUUUUGCCAUUUCCCAUCGCAGUUCUAAAGAAAGCGAGAAAAAUUUAUCAAAAUCUAUAGUUGUUAGAUCGCAAGACAGACAUUUAGAACAAAUUUUAAUUGCGCGCGAAACUACACUCGCAUCGCGUAAGAAUUACAUCAAGGAUUUGAUGGCGUGGCACGCGAGAUUAAGAGCGGAAGAAGACCGUGUGACUCGUAUGGAGCAGGCGGCGUUUAAACUUGUAGCAACUUAUUCCAAUGUCUUGAAUCAGCAAGAUACAACUAUCUCGUCCGAUACAAGCGAUGUCGAAGGGAGAAUAGGACUUCUUACUGAAAAAUUGGAGGAACGACGCAUUGAAAUGGCGCGUUUAAAAAGAGAAGCUAAGAAGCAAACAAAGAAACAACUACGUGCUUUGGAAACAAAUCUAUUGAAUCAAAUUAAAAAGACCGACAUGACUAUCCACGAAAUGCGCAAAAAAUUGGAAACGAAAAAACCUAUGAAAGAAACCGACAAAUUAGCUAUAGAACCAAAGUCAUUGGCUGAAUUCAAAGUACCUGAAAUACCGCUGAAAAGAAUACAAAACAUUUAUAAGAGUAGCGAUUUAUUGAGAUCUAAAUCGGAAUCUGAUCUUCUACUAACAAGAAAUCAGCUAAAAGAUCCAUUGAAGAUUACAACUCCUAUAACCUAUGAUGAUAAACAUGAAAAAAAUAGUUCUAAAAAAUCUAAAUACACAGACACCAAGAGCACAAACAUUUCAGAAUUAAAGGACACUAAUCAAACCGUGUCCGACGAAUAUACAUCGAUAGAAGUUUAUGAUAAAAUUCGAACAGCUUCGGAGUUACUAACUGCAAAUGAUGCACAUUUGGAAAAAUACAUUCUUUCUGCGGAAACUCAAAUCGAAGAAGAAGAAUCCGUUACUGCCAAGACAAAACAAAAUAGCAUAUCCGAUAAUGUAGAUGUUGAAACGAAUCUUGAUACAGUAAGAUCGGAAUCGGAAGUGCAAACAUUAUCGGAUGCAAGAUCUGUAGAUCAUAGUACCAUUAACACCGAAUCGACAAAUAAUAGACUAAUGAUUAAUGUCGAUCGAUCUCAACCAAAGACGAAUCUACGAUCCGAGAUUCGGAAAAUAAGAAAUGACAAUAUAAAAUCUAUUCCAAGUAAAUCUGACUACUCCACGGAAAGUGCUGCGCAUACAGUCGCUGAUUCCGAUAUACUUACUUAUUCGAGGAAAUUGGACUUUUUACAGUUAAAUAAUAAGAAUCUGAGCGAAGAUAUAAGUGCUAUCGAAAACGAUAUUAAAGUAUUUUCGGAAAUAAUGUCGCGCUUGAAUAACGAAUCGAAUGAGAAAUCUAAAGUAGAUAACGAUGAAAGAAAUACAUCACAAGAUAUAUCAGAGAUAAUAUCUAAAUCAGUUUUUAGUGACAAAAUCGCUAAUACUGCAAAUGAGGCGAAGCAUACGAUAUCGGGGAAAAUUAAUACCGACUCUCUUUCUAUUUCAGCAACUAAUGGAAAAUCAAAAUCUCCAAAUGAUUUGAGUCACGAUAAUUAUAAAUCGGACGAAAUAAAUAGUGAAAUAUCGGCGAUAAUUUCGGAAGAAGUUCAUCUCUCCGAUUUAGCUCGUGAAAUUGAUUACGAAGCUAAAAGCAAAGAGAUUAUGAGUGAAAUAGAAAAAUCGAUAAUAUCAGAACACAUUAAAAUGGUACGCGAUGAUUAUAACGCUGCAACUUCGAUAUUAGAAAAUGAAGACAAAGGAUUAUUGAAUGAUUUAGUUUCGGAGCCUGAGGUAAAAUCGAUUUCCGAAAUUUUUUCCAAAAUGUCGGAUAGCAGAAAAAAUCUCGAUCGUACAAAGAGUAUGGCAAUGCAAAUUAUCGAUGACUCGAGAAGGCAUAUAAGUGAACGAAGCGUUAAUUUAAAUGAAGAAAAUUUGGAAAAAGAUUUUGUAAAAAGUCAAGCGAAAGAAACAUAUUCAUUGAAAUUUUCCGAAUGUUCUCAUUCUCCCAUCAUUGCGGGUCACCGUUCGAAGGAAAAUUGCGAAACACAAAGCGAUUUGCGAAGCACAUGUAGCGCAGUUUCAAGUCGAGCCUUGCGUGUUGUUGCCGGCGAAGAUUCAAAAUCGUCGGAUAAUAUUCCCGAGGCAUUGGAAGCAGAGAGAGAAACUAGUACUGAUGAUAUGAGAAUAUUAAAGAACCUCGAUGAAGAUGUUGAAACAAGUGCAUUGCUCGACCAUACCAAACAUUCAACAGCAUUUGCAUCUAACGCUGAUCAAAAUCAAUCGCAUGCAAUUCGCACAGAAAAUAUUUCUCAGGAUAGAGACAAUUGGACAACUUCUGAUUCGUUCCAAAUUCCACAAGAUGAAAUUAGUACUGGAGAACGAGAUGAGAAUUCGAGCUCACAUGUGGAUCAUACAGACGAUACUUCAAAUAAUUUCUCGAAGAAAAACUUAUCACAUUACGUUGACAACGCAACGAAUGCAGAAGCUGAAAUUAAUUUGGCAAAUAACGUUAAUGUGUCGACGUGUAUUCCAAAGGGAGAAUCUACUAAAGUCGAGGUGCACGACGUUACUUACAAUAAUGUAUUAACGGAAUCUCAUAUGAUGAAAAGUAACGAUGAACUUGAUGAUAUACUAGAUAUAAUCGCUAGAGAAAACAAUCGAGAAAAAAAUAUUCCUAAUAAAGAAAAUGAAAAGCUUGAUAACGUAAUCUCAGAUUCCAUGGCCGAAUUAUUAGAAAAAGUUAAGGAUAUUGUGGAAGAUGAGGGAGAUAGCGUAGAUAAUCGUUUUAAAGAAAUCUUAUGCGAUAUGAAUAUCGAUGUAAAUGAUGAAACUGAAGCAGUCUCGGAUCUCUCAUCGUUGAAUAACAAAGCGCAAAAUAAGACGAAUGUAGAAAAUAUAAGCGAAAGUAACGUAGACUUUCCAAGUAUAUAUAACGAUAGUAAACCUAAUAAUCGCGAAAAAGUGAUAGAUAUUUCGUUACAAGCGGUCGAUGAAACCGAUGACAAAUCCGCCGUAACGGUAGAUUUGCACGUAGAAAUUAACGAAGAGAGUCCAGAAAGCGAAGCGAUACCAGAAAUACAAGAAAUUAUAAUAACAGAAUUGGAUUCAGAUAGCGUGGAAGAUAAUGUUUUAUCGGAACUUGAAAUCGAUGCUAAAGUUGAAUUGGCUGAAGAAGAAGAAUCUGCCGCAAGCUGCGUAAACGAAGACGAUAAACGGUACGCUGUGAAAGAAAAGAAAGAUAUUAUAGAAAUAAAAGAAUGUUUAGAACCAAUUUUGGAACAAGAUAGUUCGGAUGGCGAACAAUUAGAUAAUUUGGUAGAAGUUGCUGAAGGCGCAUUGGAUACUGUAGAAAAAAUCAUUGCGUCGCCGCGUGACUUUCCCAUAUCGCUAAUAAGUGAUGCAGUCUCUGAAAAUGAAGGAACUAAAGAAAAAACAAAUAAUACAGCUGAAAAGAUUGACGAAAUCAUAACAAUACCGGAUGCACCAAUAAACGAAAAUCUCAACAAAACUUUUGACAUAUUAAAAGAUCCGGAAUACGAAGAUAUUUCCGAGGAGAGUCUCGAGGUGUCUGAAAUUUUAGACAAAAAUGACUUUCCGAAAGCAGGCAUCGUGAAGAAAUCUUCCAACUUGCCGGAUAAGUAUCAAGCUACGCAGAAAUCGGAAGAAGUAUUGAGAAUACUGGACGAAAUUUCGCAAAGAUCAUCAUCCGAUUCUAUAAGCAAUUUGCAAAGGAACGAUAAAAGUGCUGCACAGAGUGAAACGCAAGAAGAGAUCAGUGAGUUACUCGGUGCAGAAGUUUCCGCGAAAGAUGAAAGUUUGUCUCCCGAGAUGAGUAAGAUGACGAGAAGCAAAAUCGAAGAGAAAUCUUACAAAGUGGACGAUGAAUCGAGAAAUCGGUUCCUGAAAGGAGUAGAAUUACAAGAUGAACGAUCGUUAGCAGAGACUACUAGCAAUAUGGGCUUGCCCGAAAAAGAUGCGACUCUAUUAAGAUUAGACACGGAGGACGAUAACAAGUCUACUCGGAUAAUAUACGAGCUGCAGGAAAGAGUUUCGCAGCUGCAAGAACAGGAUGGUUCAUCCGGUGAAUCCAGCGAAGCCGGCGAUACUCCAAGAGGUGUUUCCGAUAUUGAAAUGGACUCACCGAGAGACUUCAACGAUUCCAGAUUGGACAUUGAUAUCCUGGACGACGAUUUAUUGAGCGGUACUAAAUCAAUGACAAAUCAGAACGGCGACGUAAAAACCAAUUUUCACGCGGCGUCUAUCGUCACCACAUCCGAGAACGACAUCACGGCCAUGAUUGAUAAAUUAAAAGCUUCACUGGAACAACCCGGUCUGGAGGUCGCCGAACUGGAAGCCAAGUUGCUUCGCAUCGAACAAUUACAGAUCGAAUUGGAGAUCAAGAAAUUAGAAGCUGAGGAAGUGUCUUUCUACGUUCGAGAAAUACCAAAUAAACCGCCGCCACCCUAUACCCCACCUGGAGACAGCCGAUUAUCUGCCUCGUUAGGUUCACCCUCGACAGUCACAGCUGUAAUUCCAUCCAACGUUGAGGAACUAACGUCGUUCACCGACAAAGCCACAACUUUAAUAUACAAUGCUAAACUGGCCGGCGAGGACAUUGCGAAUCUGGAAGCGCCUGUCGAGAUUUACGAUUCGAUCAAGGACAAAACGAGCGAGAACAGGGACAGACGGAUAUACAAUACCUUCCUCUUCGAUCUUUGUAAGGAGACCAUCGUAGAAGUCUUUCGAGCGGAGUACGAAAAGCCUGGCCCGAGCUGGACGAAACCGAACGUGAAAACGAAGCCCGCGAUAAAGAUCCCAAAGACUGUGGAGGAGCUCAUAGAGUACGUUAAUAAAGAAGUUGCCACGCUGUUUGGUUUCAAGACAAAACUACAACGGGAGAACAUGGUGAUGCGUUGGAGUAGGAAACGUAGGGACCGUGUCGACGAGUUGCUGGCGAGAGAAGCUCAAGCCGAGGAGGACGAAUGGACAAAGUUUCAUCAUGACGAACUGGUGGUGAAAAACGGACUCACAGUAGCUAUACUGGAUACCCUCGUGAUGGAAACGGCAAACGUAGUAAAAAUAGCGUACGGUAAAAAAAGGAGACUAAUGGUGUAGUAAUCAUAAUCUUUGCACCAAAUAGAUAUAUUUAUCAUAUUUUGCAAUAUGAUAGUAAAACGAAGACAAAAAGUGUAUAAAGUAUUCUCAUGUUUUUUUUCCUCAGGACUGCGUUUCCCACGUUACAUUCUCACACUUUUAUUCAUUAAUAGUAUUUUAUAACGUGUAACAUAUAGGCUGGUUCCUAUUUAUUUGUUGACUAUACAAUUUGUUGCUUUUUUUCCUUUUUACUGAGCUGAUACGUAUGAACGUUACAGUAAAUACAAAAAAACAAAUUGCAUAAGUGAGAUAAUGAGAUAAUAAGAAAUAUGUGAAUGACAGAAAGAUAAGAUAAUAAUACUAGCCAUUAAUAUAUUCUAUCCACACAAUUCGAUAAUCAAAUGCCCUAGGUCAGUUUUUAAAAACUUUAUCUCUUGUUAACACAGCGAGUUUGAGUGAGUGUCUAGCGUUUAAUGAUAAUUAUAUGUACGUACGGGCUAUCAUAAAACAAUUGAUGCGCACGUAAGAAGUGAUAUACUUUCUGUUUCUAUUUGAAAAUGACAAGUAUUCAUUACUGAAUAUAAUUGUAGAGCAUUUUGUUCGAUUUAUUUCGCAUUGAUAGCAUUUUGUAUUGAUAGCAGAAGUACGAUCUUCUAUUCUGUAAGUUUUACAUUUUACCAUUUUCACUGUAGUUUUAAUCGAAAUUGUACAAUAUAAUUACGCAUUGCGCACAUCACUGCGCAACAAUUUAUGCUCUCGUUGCACUAUAAUUGAACGAAAUGCUCCCUCGAUUGCUGUGUAUGUAAAACAUAUUUUAGCGAAACAUAUAAUAUAAGUAUAUAGAAAAUUUCGCAAUAAGUCACAAGUUGGGGACAACGGUCAUAUGUGCUCAAUUACUUGUAAUGAAAUUUAAAAAAUUCAAACGGAAAGACUGACAUUUUGGGGCCAUUUUGAUCGAAAUUAUAAACCGUUAAAUGAAAUACACAUAGAUCGAGAUUGUAGUAGAUAUCGGCUAUACAGGGUGAAGCGCAUAAACGUUUUAUCUCUGAGAACAUAUUUCCCUUUCUCUCUUUUUUUCUUGUCUCAUUACUCUUAAAUAUUUUAAAUUAUGAUGUUUUAUAUGUGUUUCUCUCUUACAUAUUAGUUUUUGUAUUAAACGAAUUCGAGAGAGAUUAAUUCUUUAAAUGAAACACACAGAUAUAUAUAGCCCCUACAAUCGUGUAGAAUAUACGAUCGAAUCCUAUAUAACAUAUUAGAUUUAUUAUCGACACAAACUACCUGUAAUUUCAUUUAUUGAUGGACUGAUAAUCGAUCGAUAUAUAUUUUAGUUUGCGUGUCGCGUAACGGUCGAUGCGAUUCCGUUGCACUUAGUUUUAUGUUUAUGGUUGUGAUGUAAAUGUAAGGCUUGCGAGAAUGUGCGAUGGUAACGUACAUUCAAACAUUGUAGUGCGCGAAUGCAGCUUUCAUAAUUUUUCAUUCAGUGUCAUCGUCUUGAAUGUGCGCUACCUCUAAGUUCUUGUACGCUUUAAAGAUGUAAAUAUUGCAGCGCUCAAGUGCUCAUUGUCCAGCGUUGUUCCUAUAUGCACAUGGGUAACAUCGCUCUUUUAAUUAAUUUUAAUUGUAAUUUUUAUUAAAAUUCUCAUACGCGAACCGCCCUGAAGAGCCUUCUUUCGUUUGCAGGGUACUCUUCUUAGUGUUAUUCACAAUCCUCUUUACAUUAGCCGUUCUCGGCCGUGUCUGUAGUUGUUACAGAGAUUGUUCACGUAUGUAGUGUUGAAUAUGUACUUAACUAAGGUAUAAUAUAUUUUAUAAUAAACUUUUUCGGAAAAGA